AUGGCAAAGUAUAACGAUAAAGAGCAACCUGAAUGGAGAUACUCAAUCAAUCUCAACACGAUCAUCGCCGUUUUGGCCACUGUGCUGCGAUCAUGUAUGGUGGUUGUAGCGGAAGAAGUCAUUAGCCAAUUGAAGUGGUUGUUGUUUCGGCGACCACGGCCCCUCUGGCAACUUGAGCAUUUUGAUACAGCUACUCGAGGGCCCUGGGGCUCGCUGCUACUCUUCUUCCGAACAAGGUCUCUAGGUGCGGCGUUUGUAGGAUGCAUAGUCAUCAUACUGUCAGUCGGCAUCGGGCCUUUCUCACAACAAGCUGUGAAGUCUGUAUCGUGUGAGCGACCUCUGGCGGGAGCAGAAGGUCACUCGAAAUGGGACUUGGACUUGGACACCAAGGUUGCCAUCCUGGACGGACUUGUGAAUCCCAACACAACUCGGUCCGAUAUCACGCCGAGUUGCAGUACUGGCAACUCAUCAAUACUCAACGUCAGCAUUGUCACCUUUACGAAUCAUGGCUGUGAGUCCUUGGGGCGGGAAGAUGACCCAAAAUUUCAGCGUUGUCCAGGAGCUGAUGCAAACUGGACACUUCCAGUCAUGAACUUCCUAAACGCCGUGGCGGCAACAUGCUCGUUCUACCCUUGCGUCCGCGACUAUGCCGGAACUGUCCGCAACACCACCUUCACCGAGACAGUCAUAAAGGAAACGCCAAUAAAACCAGCAAGAAUCACAAAGGAGAGCCGCACUUACGACUUCAAGGAUCUGCACAGUCCAUGGAUCAUCGAUAACCAAAUAUACACACGCAACAAUAUAUCCUCCGUACCAAUCCAAGGCAACAACUUUUCUAGCUACUUUCUCAAUAGCAUCAGCACAACCUUCCCAACAGCCUGCAUCUAUGGCAUCGAUGGUGACUACGCACUGAGUCUUGGGCGUUUCAUGCAAUCCGUCAUGAGUGGGAAUUGCUCCACCGUGGCACACUUUGUUCCCGAAUUUUACAAAAACGACUACAAAGCUCUGGUGUGUAACCCCUGGCAGCUCGAGGCCCUGGUAAACAAGGGCCGCGCCAACUUCGACACAAUCAAUCGCAAUAUGCAAUCUGUAGCCACGGCUGUUACGAGCGAGAUGCGUAGAAAGGGGUCUUACUAUGAUCCAGAGGUUACUUACGGUCCUCGGUUUCACAGUGCUCCGCCUACAUUUGUUACAGGAACGGUUCUUCGUACGACGACCUGCACGAAGUUUGAUUGGGCGUGGUUGAGUUUCCCGCUUGCACUAAUGAUUUUAACAACACUUUUAUUGUGCAUUACGUGCGGCAAGAUGGUGUUUGACAAGUCCGGGGUUCCCGUAUGGAAGUCAUCGAUUUUGCCGUUGUUGCUAGCGGGCCAUCGACUGAGAGAUGUGGCUGCUGCGGAGGAUAUGGAUGACAUGAAGGCGAAUACGAAGUUGCUGAUUGUGAGCCUUGUGCAGGAUGAGAGAGGAUGGGAGUUCGUGAUUGAGGAGUUCAAGGAUAAGAAGAGAGGGGAGGACUAG